AUGGGUGUUGAAACCUCUGCCGACCACGGGGAGCACAUCUCCCCGGUGGUCGCCCCUCAGCCUGCCGGAGCCAGAUCGAACGCGAAUAUCCCCAAGGUUACCUGGCGGUCCGUCGUCAUGGCCAUGUUCGUCUCCAUGGGUGGUCUCCUGUUCGGGUAUGACACCGGUCAGAUCUCCGGUUUCGAGCAGGAGACGGACUACCUCCGUCGGUAUGGCAUGCGAAAUGCUGAAGGCACCUGGUACCUGAGUGACGUCCGCUCGGGUCUGUUGACCAGUCUCCUGUCCAUUGGUACCUUGAUCGGUGCCCUCGUCGCCGCCCCCAUUGCCAACCGCGUGGGCCGCAAGUGGUCCAUCACGAUCUGGAACGUGAUUCUGAUGGUCGGUUUGGUGGUGCAGAUCUCCGCCCCCUCCGGUAACUGGGUGCAGAUGGUCAUGGGUCGUUGGACCACCGGUCUGGGUGUCGGUGCCUGCUCCCUGCUGGUGCCCAUGUACAUGGGUGAGAGUGCCCCCCGUCACAUCCGUGGUGCCAUGAUCAGUACCUACCAGCUGUUCGUCACCUUCGGUAUCUUGCUCGCCUACCUCAUCAACCUGGGCACCAACACCCUGCACGGUACGGCCCAAUGGCGGAUCACCCUGGGCCUGACCUUCCUGUUCGCCCUGGCCCUGGGUGGUGGCAUGGCCUUCUUCCCCGAGUCGCCUCGUUUCGACUUCCGUCAUGGCCGUGUGGACCGCGCCCGUACCACCAUGUCCAAGCUGUACGGUGUGCCCGAGAACCACCAGGUCAUCCUGGAGGAACUCGACGAGAUCCAGAACCAGCUCGAGGCCGAGACCGGCAGUGAGAAGUGGUACGAGUUCCUCACGGCUCCUCGCAUGUUCCACCGUAUCUGCAUUGGUAUGGCCCUGCAGACGCUCCAGCAGCUGACUGGUUCCAACUACUUCUUCUACUACGGUACCACCAUCUUCAAGGGAGCCGGUCUGUCCAACAGCUUCAUCACCCAAGUCAUCCUGGGUGCCGUCAACUUCGUCUCGACCUUCGGUGGUCUCUACACCGUUGAGAACUUCGGUCGUCGCAAGUCCCUGAUCGUCGGCGCCCUGUGGCUCUUCCUCUGCUUCAUGAUCUUCGCGUCGAUCGGCCACUUCGUGCUCGAUGUCGACGACCCGGAGAAGACCCCCGCCCCCGGCAAGGGUAUGAUCUUCCUGGCCUGUAUCUACAUCGCCGGGUACGCCAUGACCUGGGCUCCCAUGGUCUGGACCAUCACCGCGGAGCUGUACCCCUCCAAGUACCGUGCCCAGGGCAUGGCUCUGGCCGUGGCGGCCAACUGGCUCUGGAACUUCCUGAUCGGUUUCUUCACCCCGUUCAUCACCAGCGCCAUUGACUUCGCCUACGGGUACGUGUUCGCGGGCUGCAUGUUUGUCGCUGCCUUCGUCGUCUACUUCUUUGUGAUCGAGGGCAGGGGUCGUACCCUCGAGGAGCUGGACUGGAUGUACGUUAACCGGGUUAAGCCCUGGGAGAGCAGCACCUUUGAGGUGCCGGCCCUCCACUCCCAUCAGUAUGAGGCGGAGCGGAAACAGUCUGCUUUCCAUGCUGAGGAUGCGUGA